CGCUCAUAUCCACCAUACAAGGUAACAUCACAUGACUUGUGUGUCCUCCGCGUGUGCGGCGGCGAAACCGUGCGAUCUCAUUUCUUUGUCUGUGCGCGCGCGUGUGUUUGUGUCCCUGGGAAUUCACCUGGUUGACGUCACACAUUCACUCCUCUCCUCUGCCCCGCGCGCUGCCAUAGGGCCACCGCAGUACAGAGUCGCAAACACACAGAGGAGGAACGAAGAGAUCCACGGUUGACAGCAGCCGCGACUUCAGCAGCACUUCCUCAAACCAUUGAAGAGUUUUUGAAGUCGAAAACUCCGGGAGACCGAGACCGAGGUUCAAACACCGAAACCGGGUACAAACACUCGACCAGACCGCACUCUCCCCUGCUCGGCGGAGGAGGUAAGUCAUUGUUGAGAGAGACUGGUCAACUUGUUUGUGGUUGUAAAAACUUGAGCUCCGUGUUGUCACGGUUGGGGCAAUGGCACUAGAUUUUGCAAGUUAGCGUAACGUAAGUCAAAAACCGGCCUUUUUUUUCUUUUCGCUGCGGCACCGGUUUAGGCCAGUGUUUUAUUUAGAUAACAAAGCUCGACUGUAAACCUCAGCUGACAUCAGUUGUAGUAACACAGGACACAGAGAGAGAGAGGGUUGCUGUCGCGGAAUGCCUCCCUCUCUCUCCCUCGCUGUAUUAUGUAAGUAAUGUUAAGCCAUGUUUCACUGCCUACAGCAGCCCGGCUAAUGUACAGAAACUUCACUCGACUCCACCGGGACUGCAGGAAGAGUAUUAAAACUACACCGGCAGGCCACUUUGUUAGCUCCACACAUUCCUCGAGCAAAGUGUCGUCUCCUAUGGCAACAGAGGAGCGGGUUUCACAGAUGAAGUUUACUCACUCAGUGGAAAAAAAAAAAGAAAUUGGGUUAAAGGGUGGCGACCAUCACAUAGACUACCAUGAUAAGAGGGAAACAAGACUUCACUGUAGCUUAGAAAGGCAACAAUAACUUGAUUUUUACAGCCUUGAAUGAUACUUCCUGAGUUAGUGUCAAUUAAGAGGUUGUAACUCUCAGCGAUAGUGUGUAUACUUUGUGAGCUGGCAGGCAGGUGUGUUUACAAGUAAAUUUGGUUAUCUAUGCUCUAAAUCAGCUCUUAAAGUAGGUUAAUCUCAGUUGUGCACAUUGGUAAAACUCUUCCCAUACUUAUUUUUUUAGUAUCUUUCAUGCCUAUAUGCAGUACUUUGUAGAGCCAGUACAGUAUUAAAGUGUCUAUAACAGGGUAACUACUGCCAUGUUGGGCCAAUACCUGUUUCAGUGCCACAUUUGAAGCUGCAUUUCAUUAAAAGGGUUAAGGAGUUGGUAAAGACAACAUAUUAAGCAGUUUGCUAUCAGGGUUUCUAUGCUUCAAUAUGGACACAGGACUCAAGAAAAGUCUGAUACCCAAGCUGUUGCAAUUGUUUCGCUUAACCGGUUUUCAAGUGUACAGCUUUUUAUUUUUUUAGGUUAGGAUUUGUUUAAUGCAAUGAUUCAGUCCUUUAAAUAAGCAAACAUUAACCUAUUUUCAAGUAUCUUUUUAAGGUCAGGCUUUGUUUAAUGCAAUGAUUCAGGCUUUUAAGUAAGCAAACAUACCGGUACAUGACACAUCCUUAUUAGAGUGGGUAGUCUAGUCAAAAGCUGUUUCAUAGAUGAAAUAGUUUGUAUUUCUCAUAGCAAUUAGAUGAAGGAGUGUGUAAUAGCGGCCAAAAUUGAGUCUUAGGUUUUAUAGUUAGUGUUAAAAAUUAUUCAAAAAUGGUCUUCAUGAUGUUCCUACAUAAAAACAUGAUUCACACAGAUUGUAAAAAAGAGCAAUAAUCUGGCAUAAAAUUGAAUUGGUAGUCAAAAGGAUACACAGAGUGGAGUUAGGAUUGAUUUAGAUUGACUUUUCUUGAAUCAAACCUCGUGUUUCAUCUUCCAGUUUCUGGUACAGUUCCACUGAAAGGUACCAGUGUCACAGUCAUGACAAACAUAAUGAGCAGGACGAACAGCAGCGCUUGGCAUAUUGUGGUCUAACCUGUCCUGGAGCAGGUUUACGUGGUUCCGCUGAGACUUGAGUCUACAAACCUUGAAUGUCAAAAGUGUAUGACUCUUUGAAAGCAGGUUUAGCAGCUUGGAUUUCCAUCAAAUAACUGUCUUACCAUCCUUCAUCACCUUUUCUAGGUGUAAUCUGUACUUAAAAGUGGGUCACACGUAAAACACCAAUACAAAACAAAAAGUAACACGUCAGGUAGAUGACUAAAAAAGAGACUAGGUAGUCAUCAGUCUGCAUUUUUCUUGCUGUUAACAACCCUGCCUCUUGAAUUGUUAGUAGCUGAAAUAACUUGUCAGCAGCCCAGUUAUACCUAACACAUUUUGAAAUAUUCCUUCAAGUGCUUGCGAGAGUCUUGUGUCACACACAAUAACACAACUCUGCGCUGAGGCAAGACUUUGUACCCUGUUGUUUUCUUAUUAAGGUAGAGCAGCCUUGUGAACGCAGGUAACUCUAUCCGUCUGCAUCUGCCUGCAGUUACUGGUGUGUCAAUAUUGGUUUGUGGCUUCAUGGGCUGCCUGGAGGACAGGGUUGGGACAUCUGCCCAGUAAGGAGUUACCCAUGCAGCACUGAUCCCUUGAUCGUAUACAGCACACAUAGAAACACAUCCCUGACUCAUAUACUUAAGAAAGAGAUUGGGCUGAUAUUCGACUGUUGAAUAAUUGAUCAUUGAUUUCAAAAAGGAGUCGGCUCAGGCUGAAUGAAUGAUAAAUCAAAAACCAUGUAAAAACUAAACUCUGUUCACUGAGCAUCAAAAUCGUCGUGAAAUAUAUAUCCACGUCGAGUACUAGUCAACUAUUUGACUAAGAUAUGAAUCUGUAAACAACUAUCAAAAUGUGCUUUAUUCUGUUCACUUUGCAGUUUAAACUCAGAUGCAGCAGAUCUUAAGUUUUCCUUCAUUUAUUACAGAGAAAAUUGUUCCUCAAAGGUUGCUGCUCAAACAAGUAACACUUUUUUUUGAAAAAAUUGUACCGCCCCCCCACAAAAGGAAAAAAAGUAUUAUUUUGUUUAUUUAUUAUUUUUAAAAAGUAGUUCCCCCAUUUAUUAUUUUUUAUUAUAUAUAUAAAUAUAUAUAUGUAUGUGUGUGUGUGUGUGUGUAUGUGUAUAUUAUUUGCUAUAAAACAGGCUGUACCUCCACCAAACAAUUACAUGAUGUUGCAUAAAAAGCAUCUGCUCUUGUGCAAAGCUACUCGAAUACAGGCAGACUGCAAGACGGCACACACAGUAGUCUUUGACCCCUUCUCUCGUGAACACACACACACACAAAGACACACAUUACACAAUCACACUUGGCGCUCCUGUUCAGAUGCUUUUUUGUCCAUCUUGUGAACUGUGAGCUGGGCAGAAAUGGAUACCACGCUUAAUGCAACUCCUUCUCUCUCUCUCUCUCUCUCUCUCGCUCACAUACACACUGUCACACAGUGGCAGGAUUCAUUCCAUGCAGAGGCAGGUAGGCAGGUUUGACACCAGGCCAAAAAGCUCACUGAUACCCAGGAGGAAGGCAGAGAAAAUCAGAGGGAAACACACGUAUAUGUAGCUGUACAAAAAGUUUGUGUCUAUGUACAGUCAGUAUGACCUUCCAAUUAUUAGUAGUGUGCACUGUUUAGUUUUUUUAUAAGUCCAUUCAAAGCUCACAGCGCCUCAGUGUCACUGGGAUGAAAAGUAUCAAAACAACAGCCCAUUAUCUGACUGUGACCUUGAACUAGCCACCUCAGCUCUGAUCACAUUCCUCUUCCACUUUUCCUCACUUUUCUUUCCUGUCCUACUUUGACCUGAUCGCUGAGGAUAUGUGUGUGUCUGUGUGUAUUUGAGUGUGUGUAUGCAUAAAUCUUCACAGAAGGACAGACUGAAAUACACAAAACACAUAAUGGUGGUAAAAUGCAUGCUUUCAUGCCUUUUUUUGCCCGUGGGUGUUGGUGUCUCCCCUGACAACUUCUGUAAUAAACUGUGUGUUGACAUAACCUCUGUGCGUGUGUGUGUGUAGUAUGUGUGUGUGUGUGUGCUUGUGUAGCUGGGGAGGGGUUGUUAGAAAUUAACCUUGGUGUGUGAAAGAAAGAAAGGCUUUGAUUCUGUCGAGCUGGUCUCUGCUGAAGUUCAUUAAAAGGCUGCUUUGUUCGAGGUUAUUAGUGUGUGUGUGUGUGUGUGUGUGUGUGUGCGUAUGUGUGUGUAUGUGUGUGUGUGUGUGUGUGCAGUACACGCUGUUAAUGCUCUAAUAUAUGCCACCUUAGCUCAGUGAAAAACCUGUGGAUUUAGAGUGGUUUUGUGAAUCAGAUUGGAAGUCAUUUUUUGAACUGUAAAUGAAAUGUUUGAUUGGGUAGAAGAAUGAGUCCAUUACAGCUCCCACUAUUUCAUUAGAUUUCAUCUUUUUGGUGUGUAAAGUCUUUUAGACACGAGCAGUUUAUUGCUGUGGUUCCCAGCAGCCUAAAGACACGUUUAUCAAGUCUUCUUCUAAAAUGUAAUUGCUGAAACAUUUAUGUAACUUCAACCAAACCCAGUGGUCUUGGUCUGAUUUAACGUAGACUGUCUUCAUCCACGGUCUGUCAAUGAUGUGUACUAGAUGUGCAGAUCUGGAGGCUCAAGAAGACAGUAAACCAUAAACUUCAAAGCACAGUGUGUACUCUGUGACUGCUCUCCAGCCUCCGCUAUCAAAGAUAUAAACAGCCCUUUUAAAUUAUCCACUGUUUGACUCAUAACAGGAGGGGAUUGUUUUUCAUUAAGCUAUUAUAAAGAGCAGUUCCCUGACUCGAUAAAUGUUGACAUACAGCUUCAAAGGCUGUUGGUUUACAACACAAGUGUCACCUGUCUGAGUCGGACCGUACAUGUUCAGAGUCAUUUUUGAUCUGUAGAGCAUGUUUAUUCAGGUGACAUUUGCUAGGUCCAUUACUGGAUGAGCUCCUCCAAGCCGGGCUUAUCUUGGUCUGUUAUGGUUCUUUUGAAAACACUCUGACUCUAGGCCUGUCCUUCUUUUUGUCACUGUUGCUUUGCAACAAAGUCUAUUAAAGCAGCUGGUAAAAGAACACUGAGUAGGAGGACACGGAAACCACAGCUUAUGAACUUGUUUAAGUGGAAAAUGUUUUCAUGCCAGUGGUGUAUUUUCUACAUUUUGCUCCUUUUGAUCAUUGAAUUCAUUACCAAUUGCAGUGCUGGGAUAUGUCUUACACUGGGUUAACAAAACAGCACCGACGUGGCAGCAUCAGAAUUGCCAGAAAACACCCCAACAAAUCCUCAUGCUGAUUGUAUGAUAUGAAAUGAAAGCUCUUAUCUCAUAAUCUUGAGUUACUUUUGUUUCAUGUGCAGUUCACAGGACUGUAUUUUCCCACUGAGUUUAUCUGUCACUUGCAUCUUAUUUCAAACCCUCUUCCCUUUUAGUACCUGUUAGGCAAGUUUUCACAGCUUAAGGUUCUCCUCUGGCACUGAAAAUAGACAUUAUUUUGGGCUCCUCUCACAGCCUUGUUUAACCCUUCAGUAAACAAACAGUAGGUGAGGCACAAGCAUGGAAGGAACACCUGUAAAGACAAUCAGUCUGCCAGGUUAAGUGGUAGCAGUGGUUUGAAAAAGUACUGAAUGUGCUCCAGGUCUUGUAGAUUCAUUAACAUUCCUCUCUAAGUGGGUUUAUCCAGCGCUGUUCUGUCACAAGAGAUUUUGACUUGUCAUGGUAGAAAAAGCCCUGGUAUUAGUAAUUCUGUCUGUUUAGUCGUCCCUGUGUAACAGUGAGCAGAAUGAAUGGUGUCAGAACUCAAAACUCAAAAGCAUUACUGCUGAUUGGUAUUUAUUUCCAGCUGCAGCAUUCUCAGUUUUGUUCUCAUCAUCUAAUUGGCAGACUCGACGCUCUGGUCAUCAGCUUUCUUUGAACCACUGAAAUUUUGAAGUGUCACAGCAUAAAAAGCCCAAAUAUGAUCGGGCAAGAUUAACAAUGGCUGCAUUCCAUUUAAGUGAGACAUUUUCCACAGAAACUCAUUAGAAAUACUUAUGAAACAUAUAAUGACACUCAGGUGUGAAUGUUUCCCAAGAUGACAUGAAGAAAUAUAUGCUGUAAGAAUGGUACUGUGGUGACCAGUGUUUACUGCACUGUUGUCUUACACUUAACUUGUGUAUGUUUACGGUAUGCAAAUGCUGUCCAAACACCAAGUAUUUGAUCAUGCCGUGGUUGUCUUUUACUCAAUUAAUCUGUUUAAUCUGGGAACCUUAGAAACUUGGGUGUUUGUGUUCAGAUCAAAUGGACAAUACUGAAAGGUAAUCUUUUUAAGACCAGAAGUAUCCACAAACUCAAUAAAUGUUGAGUCCAAUACUGAUGCUUUUACCUCUGGGUACUGCCUUUAGUGUAUAUCCACAGAUAUUAGAAAAGACCUGGGGUUUUAGUAUUCCUCUACAGGCAGGCCCUGCUUCAAUAUUCACCUCUCUGGCAUCUUGCCUUUAUACUGGCAAGGUCAGGAAUAUGACUUAAAAGUUUAGUCAAGAUCAUUCUUCUGUAAUCUCCUCCUAAAUAUGGAUAUUCUACAUAUUUCCAAUAGUUACAGUAUGAUGCUUGAUUGUUUUAGAGUUGAAGAAUUAUGGACAGUAAAAGGAUUAAACAUACGCUGCAGACCAAAUAUGGAUGUAAAUAAAUGUGUUGGAGACUUUUGUUGAUGUUAAGAAACCUGUCGUGUGAUUAUGUAACAAGAUAGUUGUCCUGUCUGAGAGAGCAUUAACCACCUCUUUGUAAUGUCUUGCCAAACAUUCACACUUUAGGAAAAAUGCAGCAUUAAACCAACCCUGAAUAGAUGUGUCAGAUUAAAAGAAGAGUUUGCCAACGACUCGUGUUUUUAAUUGAUUUGGGAGACUGCGGUUUGACUCUGGCAGUGAAAGAAUUCAAAGUGCACUCUAUUUUUAGUGAAAAUAGUAACAGCCCAGCAGACUAACACAACACACAUGUCAUGUAAUGUGAGGGAAACUUUGUUUUUGCAGCUCUUUGUGUAAUUGCACCUGUCUUUGUUCAGACCUGCAGAUAAAAGGAUGACAAACAGAAAGUCCCCAUACCUGCUUGACCUGCUUGAUGACUUCUUCUGCGAAAUAACAUCUUAACUUAGUCAGUGCAUACCAAACCUUUGACUUUGUUGAGCAUAACUUUGAUAACCUAUCUAUUGCAGGUAGUCACACACCUCUGUCUCAGUUUGUUGUACCAUGAUGCAUGUAAUGGAAGAUUCUUGUCAUUGUAAACUGAAGGCUAGUCUCUCUGUUGUAUAACAAAGCAUUUAUUUCCAUGUCGAGCCAGGUGGUAUUUAACGGUAAUCUAGUUGCUGACAUCCUGUCAUCUUUUUUUCCGCAUACUUUACCUUCUUCCAGUCAGUAGAAGAUGAAUGAACAAGAAUUUUCUUUCUGGGAAGUUUUGAAAGGGCCGCGGGUGCUACUGCUGGGAUGUGUCCAUCGUGAUGAGAUUCUUCAGAGAUUUCAAAUAAUAAAAACUAGUUGCAUUGGGAUAUUAUAAACAAGGAGCACACCUGUAAAAAAAAUUUCCCUUUCAAGUAUUUAUUUAUACAACAACAACAAAAAAAUUGACCCAGGGCAGCAAACGUUUGAAAAACUCCCGAUGUAAUUUCAUUUUCAUAAUUUGUAAUUUCAUACACUGUUGUAUAGGGGCCAGUGCCGCGGUACCUAAUAAGGAUUUUGAUUGAGAGUCAGCAUGUUAUCGUAAAUCAAAUUGCUCUAAAAGUGUUUCAAUGAUGCAGAGAGACCUGGCCUGAGGUUCACAGGUUGCCAUGGCAACUUGAGCUGGUCGUCCAUGACGAUAGAUGCACCGCAGGCUGAGGCAGAGAAACUGUCAAGAAAAAGAGUGAUUUUGUUUUGCCUUGGCACUAGUCUCUCAUUUUGGCUUAUUCUGACAAACUGGUAGCUCCUAUUAGAAAAAAAAGCAGUCCGUGGUCAUUGUAAGGACUUCUUGAAAUUUUUUGAUAUGAUUUUGGUGUUUCUACAGGAAAUAGUUUGGACAUACUUGCGAGUUAUAAACAGGAGUCCCUUCUGCUUCUCUCAGAAUAUCUAUGUAUUAGUGUCAAUGAGGAGCAGAGAGAGACAUUUCCUCACUUAGAGGCUCAGUGUUCAAAUUCUGUAAGUUUCUCUGCUUAGAUGAACACAUCGUUAGAGACAGAACAAGUGUGUCUACAACUGUGGAUAAAAACAUGUAUGCAGAGUGAAUUUGCUGGCCAGGAGGACCGUGGAAAUAGAAAAGUUUUAGACAAUUUCAUGUAACUUCUCCCACUCUAGCCGAUGAUGUCACCCACUCUGGCACAAAGAUUCCACGCGAUACACACCCAUUAUAAUCUCAAAAUUUCCCUAAAAAUGAUCAUGGUCAUUGAACAGUGUGUGAUUCAAAAACUACAAUACCUAAUCAAAAUGUGGAUUAACACUCCAAUAGAAAGGACUUGUGUCCACAUUUUGAAGUUUAAAUGGAGUCUCUAGGUGAAAGUAUGCCGGAGCAGCUGACGUUUUAAAAACUCCAUUAAUUGCUCUUUUUCUUUGGCUUGUCCCUUUGACUUCAAUGCAAAAUUUUCCUCAGUUUUUCAUGACUUAUGUUGCGAAAAAUUCGUAUACAAUAGAGAAAAGUAAAAGCUCACCGAUCCCGAUCAAACUGCCCAUUUGGUUAUUUGUGCUACAUCUCUAGACUAGAAGCAAAUUGAAACUUGUCUGAAAGAGGAAUAAAAAAGAAUCCACAGUAUAAUAAUGGUGUCUAGAUGUGUUUGCCCCAUGGCCCUCAUUAGUAUUUUUGAGGUAUGAAAUUAAAGUGCAGUGUAGUAUCCACUGACUUUUAACAGGACAGACUUGGUACGAAUGGAAAUGUAAAAUUCUUAAGCAUAUAAUCAGUUGAAUAAAAAAAUCAAUGUGCAUUUGUUGACUUAAAAUUAGCUUUUUAUAUCUACAUAGGAGACGGUCCCCUCCACCACGUUUAGACCAGAGCCAGAACAGGCAAACUAGUAACAUAUGUGAAUUUGUGCUCAAUGAGUGGCUGGUUCAAAUGCACAGGUUGCAAGACAAAGAAGAUCAGUUGUUGUGCCCGUAAAAACUUGAGCUGACAGACCUUUGACAGUAAAGACUCGACAAAUGGAGAAUGAUACUCUUUAUGCAUCACAGGAGCGUCUUGUCCCUGAAGGCUGCUGUCACUUCAAUGACAGGAGGUAUGAGCAAGGGAACAUUUUCAUCUAGAAUUGGAUCAUGAAACAUUCCCAUUCCUACACCCUCUACCUAUAACACAUCUGUCAUAUGCAAACAGCCACGCUUCCUAUAAUCUAUUAUUUUUCGCAGUUCUUACCGUCUUACCGACAAAAGCUUACUGCUCUCUUGAGUUUAACUAAAUAGCACCUUGAUACCACAUGCACGAGUUGGCUUCACUGCGUCUGGUUCUGCUGUUGUCAAAUGUAGUUGUGUCAUUUUGUCGGAUUUCUCCUCAGAGCCACUCAUAGCCUGCAGUGUGUUGUGUGUCUUUUUUUUUCUCUCCCUCCCUCAUGCUCUUUUCCUCUACCCACCCCUUCCCCAAUUGCAUGUGCUCAUUUUUUCCACUCUCUCUGGGGAAACAAGGCUCUCUUUUCUAUGUACCACUGCUUGUGUGUGUGUGGAGAAAAUUGGAAAUUGACUCUUCAAAAGGAUGUCUUUGUAUGUAUUUCUCAUCAAGCAUACUCAACAACUUUGAUGUAUAUUGUUUGUGUGUGUGCGUACGUGGGCAAUGUCAUGAUGACUGCUCUAAUGUUGUCUCAACCCUCCUGACCUCAUUCAGACACAGUCUCUUCUUUGGCUUUAAGGUCCUCAUCGGGGUUGUAGGGUCACUGAAAUCCUUCAACAGCAACCACAGAAAUGUGUCAUUUUAAAGCAAAUGAAACAUUUUCUCAUGGGAUUGUGGGAACUGUCCAGCCUAUGUAAUGUAUAACGUAAAAAGAUGUAGCUUACACUCAGUAGUCGUACUCAGAUACACAUCAAAACAACCAGAAGCUUUUGAUUAAUAUUAAGUCAAGGAAUGUCUGCAAUAUAUCAUCAAAUUCACCAACACAAGCCUGUUUUUGUAGCACCAGGCUGCCACCUCGUGAGUGAAUCAAAUUAUCUAACCUAAAGCUUGACUACCUGUCCUACACAAUCGUAGUCCCAAAGAUGUUUCCAUUUUCAUCUAUCGCUGCCAAGUAUUGGCUUUUCACAGACCCCCCAAACUGUUUUGUUGUUAAAAUGAUGCUGUUCACCUCAAAUCACAGUCCUUCUCUGUCUCUAACAUGAAUGAAUGAAUAAUCCAGAUUAUGCUAAUAGUUCAGGAGACUACAGCAACACCAGAUCAAGUUAAGGAACUUAAAGGCUCAAAAAAGUGCUGUGUGGAGGAACUUAGUGGGUUUUAUUGCUUAUUUGGAAACUAGGAUGUAGGCUAGUAUUCCCCCAGGGUCUUGCUUAACUGUGUUGAAGCGCAUCUCCACUCUGGUGUGAAACAGCUUUGAAAAUAUGAGAGGAUCAGGAAGUGCAUGUCACUUGAUUUCCUCUGUACGACUUGUACAACAUGAAGCUUGACUGGUUUCCAUUGAAGCUUAAAAAAUGUACCUUUUGUAAUCUUUUUUUUAACCCCUGAAAGGUUUCAGCUGCAGUUUAGUUUCGAAGCACUGAUGUUUACAACACUGUGUCCCAUAGUUGAAAACACAACUCAUAUUUGUUCUCCUGUUAUCUUGCUUCUGUGGUUUCAUACGGAUGUUGUAUGCUCUUUCAAAACGUGCUUUUCUUUCAAAUGACCGACUCAUUAACGGUCAGUACACGUCUAAUACUGAGACUCUACAGCACUGUUCUAUAAAUAUUGAAUGGAGAUGUAUAGAUAGGGCCAGGUCAGCUGAGCAGGUGGCUGAUGUUUCCCUCAUAAGAAAUUGUUAAAAGAGGAAGUACAAAAGUAAAGCUUAACCAAUCUGUCAGUGAAGCAACGCAGUUUAAAUGAAGAAAGAGGAUGAGGACUUUUUCAAAGUCUCUUUUCAGUUUCAGUGCCAUACUUUUGUUCAGUUUCUACUUAGAUGUGUAGUGGACGGAAUACCUCUGUAAAUGAGUUGAGAAAAAUAAUUCAUCCCUCCAUAAUGGAUCUUAUGUUGCGGUUUUUCAGAGCGGAAUCUCAUCCAGUGCAGUGUUUCUCUUUAAAAUGACUUUAUAUCUGGGCAGUGGGGAGCAGUAAAACAUCUGAACAGAAUGGUAAUGUUUUUUCAAUAAGCACUGACUUAGCACUUAACCCCAGGAAAUACUUACGGAAAAGGUAAACACUAAAACCUUACCAAACAAAUCUCCAAAACAGGACUGUUUUUUUUCUCCUUCUACGGUACUCACAUACGACAUUUCUGUUGACAAUUCUCUACAACGUUGUGCUUUAAGUGUCUUAAAAGAAAAACACAGAUCCAGAUACAGCUCACCAGGUAGGGACAAAUGGUAGUAAGGAAUAGACACCCUAAGGUACAGAGUUCAACAAUUAUGAUAUGAACAAAAGGUGCAGCAGACACAUCUGCUUAUCUAUCAACCUCAGUUAGUUUUGUCCAUUAACAUUUGGACUUUGUGUCAGAAAUCUGAUCUGUUUCAUUUUCUGUUUCUCUCUGUCUCGUGAGAUUACCAGUCUGCGUCUUCUUCCCUCAUUUCUGGUAGAAAGUUUCGCAAGUUGCAUCAGAAACAUGUACUUCCUACUUUAGAAGACCACUGUUGGCCACCAUCUUGUUUUCCUGCUUGUUUUAAAUGAAGGUGUCGUAUUAUAUGAGUGCGCCUCUGUCACUGCGAUGUUCUAACAGGGAAUCUGCGUCUUUUUUCCAGGAGGCUUGUAUGAGUGGUUACCAUGGCUCCCUUCCUGCGUAUCGCCUUCAAUGCCUAUGAUGUUGGAGUUUUGCCUCCUCUGACUGUACCUCCUAUCUGUGCCAUCAAAAUGAAGGAGUCAGUCAACACAGGUAUGUAUGAGUACAGACAGUCACACAUGGAUGCACUAUAAUUAUAUCUCAGCUGGAGAGUGGUAAAGCACAUAAAGUGACAACCCAAGUUUAAUGGCCCUAACAGCCACCAUCUGCCAGGCUGAAAAAAAAAAAGUCAUCAGCAAACUGAUCCUUGAGCAACUAACGGCUCUCUUUUCACUCGCUUUUACUUUGCUUUGACUUUCUUAAGAAAGAGAGUUAACAUUUAAUUAUGAAAUUAUGACUUAUGAAAAUCUGUUUUGACAGAGCGAGGAAAGACCCUGGUGCAGAGGAAGCCCACCAUGUACCCAGCUUGGAAAACCACAUUUGAUGCACACAUCUAUGAGGGGCGUGUAUUAGAGGUGGUCCUCAUGCAGAGCACAGAGGAGCCGUUGGCCAAGGCCACAGUUGGUGUGUCUGUGCUGGCAGAGCGCUGUAAAAAAUCAAAGAACAACAGUCGUGCCGAGUUCUGGGUGGACCUGCACCCAACAGGAAAGGUCCAAAUGGCUGUGCAAUUCUUCCUGGAAGACAGUGAUGCAGGUAGAUUUAUUUUCUAUUUUCUGUAUUUAAUUAUGGAAAAUUAGGUUGUUAUGCCACAAAAGAAGCUUGAAAUUCUUUUUUUUUCUCAUUAUAGUUCAGCACUUAAAAAUUCACAUCAAAAAAAUUCAAGACCAUGUGUAUCACUUGGACCAAAACCAAGCAAUAGCCUGAAAAUGCAAUCAUGUUAAGCUUAAAAUCUUACUAAAUCCUACUAGAUAUGUGACUAAACUUCACCUUUUCUUAAGUGAGACCAAACAGUUAGAGAGACAAAAAUCUAUCUUGUUAAAAUUCAGAAGUGUCCUACCGUUAGCAAAAGAACACAUUCUUCUGGAAACUCAUCUUUGGAGAAAAUUAGUUAUCUGAAAAGUGUGUGAGGCCUGAAAAGAGGUGUUCCCUGACCGGGAAUCGAACCCGGGCCGCGGCGGUGAGAGCGCCGAAUCCUAACCACUAGACCACCAGGGAGAGGUGAGGGGGCAGUAAGUAGAUACCCCUGACCCAUAGCAAAAGGGGAACUGACUUCCUCCCCCACCUUUCUCAUGUAGCCUGACUCAAAGUCACUCUGCUCCACUGCUGAUAUGCAGUGCCCUCUACUGGCAGGAAAAAACUGCUCCUUGUCCACUCACAACCAUAACUGAUGUACUUUUCAUUGACAAGUGGUCAUGCUUUGGGCCAAAUGCCCUGCAAUGAAGUGUCCUCCUAAAUCCCUGAAUCUCUUUAUGUAGGGGACUUUCCCCCCUCACUCCAUGAGUGUGCUGGUGUCACUAUGUAGACAGAGCACUUAAACACUAAUACAGGGUCAAGUGGGAGUUUGGCCCCAAGGCUCAGCGAGUAUUAUUGCCUUGAUCUAUAUCUUAAAUGUUUCACGAAUACAUGCAGCAAAAAGGCUCAAGGAUCAUAGCAUGAUGUAAUAUCCUUGUUUUAUAUCGUAGUAUUUCUAUUUGAGGACUUUCCUUAGAUAAGCCUGCUGCACAAAUCAUCGACAAUUGGCUGAAGUUUUUGUCAUUUUCUGCUUUUAACAGCAGGUUUUGAUUUCACUUCUCUGUUAGAACCAGAAGUGACAUAGCCUGACUGCCUGUGGCGAACUAAGCUGCUAACCCAGACAGGGAACCCACUCUGUGUUAGGCACAGCUGUCUGUCGGCAUGGGGCCAGAUCCAGUAAGAUUUAAAAACUUGUUCUUCGUGGGGAGUCCCUGUGUGGGGGCGACACAGUCUCCCUGCAGCGUUCAGGGUUAGAUAGGGUCAUGAGAGAGGAGUGUGUCGCCUGUUAUGAAAGAGCUCCGUAGUCAAUGAGCUCCCACCUACACACUCCACAGGUUUCCUGAAAAGUAGCCUGGAGUAUUUUUAGGCAUGUGUGAACAGCCCUUAAUGUCUUCUGACUCCCCCGUCCUCUUACUCUCACUCCUGCUUUCUUGGCUCAACUCACUGAAGUGCUUUCCAAACAGAAACAUCUGUCAGUAAGAAGGCAGACAGGAAAGAAGUUUAUCUCUGUCACUCUCCCCACUUUACCCUGUCAGUCACUUGUCUCUCUCUUUUCUUUCUCAAUCGCCCCACCUACCCCACCCCUCCCUCCUUUUCUUCUAUCUACCCUGCUAUCCUCCCUAUCUCUUGCCUUUGUUUACCUCUCUCACACCUCUUUAGCUGUCAUGCAAAGGUGACAUUUGACCCCAACCCGCUGACUUGUGUCAGUCAACUUCAUACCUAAGAUUGUAUUUUCUGUGUUUACCCUCCGCUUCACUGUAGCAACCCUAGUCUCCUAAACCUUAAAGAAAUCUGGUAUGGCUUUGGUAGCUGAUGAAUGAUGUUUUUAAAGUCUCCCUAUGUGUCUUUAAAAAAAUUAAAUAAAACUCACAAGCUAGUUUUUAUAAAAUCACAUGGCGAUUUCUUAUAAAGAGCAGACCCAAACCUCCUCUCAAAAUCUCUUCUUUUAUUUGUCCGUGAAAAUCAGCAACAAAUAAAUUCGUCUCUUUGAAUGGGAUGUAGCAGCAGUUUCAUUUCUGCAUUGCGCUCUCCUCUCAGCAGUGUGUAAACCGUCAGUGAAGGUUGUUCCCGAAGAUGGAGCCAUGACUCUCAACAGGAGGAGAGGAGCUUUCAAGCAGCCCAAGGUUCAUGUCAUCAAGAACCAUGAGUUUAUAGCCACCUUCUUUGGUCAACCCACCUUCUGCUCUGUCUGCAGAGAGUUCCUCUGGUAAGUGCAUGGUCCUGUAAAAUGACAUCCAUAAAGGAUGUGUAAUUAUCCUUUUGUUUGUACUAUCUCGUAAGCAUUUCUGAUACUUCUCCGUGUUUGCUGUCAAGCCCGUUUUUGUUUCUGCUGAGUUCAACUCAGCGACCAUGGUGGUAAUUUCCUAUUCCUCUGAGUCUGAGUGUGAUUUAUCCACAAGUGGCUAAUUUCCCUGUCUGCUUGUUGGACCAUACUAUUAUUACAAUCAGUGUUGUGCUUUUGUUUUGAUAGCACUUUGAUAAUUGCAGACUAUUUGUUGCUGUCACCUACAGCAUGUUCCCUGGAUCCUUGAUUAGACAAAAACAUCAGUUAUCCAACAAGAAAAGCCCAACCACAGACAGUUUCUAAACAACAAUUAAUAGCAGUUCCAGUUUUCAAAGAAGAGGAUUAUGGGUAGGGGUUAGUAAUGGUAGAAAGCACCAAGACUGCUAUCGUGAGAAUAAAUCACUGUCAGGGGAAAUCCCAUAAGGCUGUUAUAUUGUUCCAACUGUGUAUUAGCUUCAUUAUUGGUGAACCAAGGUAUGUCCUGUGUCCCAAAACACUGAUUUAUAGACAGUCUAGGAGAUAUCAGAUGGUUUUUUUAUUAUUCUUUCUGCACAUGAAGGGGAUUUAGUGGCCACUCACCGUUCAAGCAUUAAAAAAAUUUUAUUUGAUGAUCUGAUAUGGAGAAGAUAUCCUCCUCUAUUACCGAUAUCAAACAUAACUUCCUUCUCUCUUAUGCAGGGGACUCAACAAGCAAGGUUACAAGUGUAAGCGUAAGUGUUUUAUUAACCUAUUCAAGCAUUUUAAUCAGAUUUCUUACUUUACAAUUCUUCACUCUUUGCAUAACAUUUACACGUUUUUUUUUUUCCCCAGAAUGCAAUGCAGCAAUCCACAAGAAGUGCAUUGAAAUCAUCAUAGGCAGGUGCACUGGGACCGCAGCCAACAGUCGGGACACUGUGGUGAGCAAAGUUAAUUUUCUCCAACAUCACUGCAGAACCUCAACUCAGAUCAGGCUCUGACUGUGAAGUGAAUGUAGUUUUAGCUUUGUUUGUUUCCCAGCUGUACUUAGGAAGAACUCUGUUUUUUGGUUUGCUUUGUAUCAUUGAAUAAGUUACUAUUUUGCUCCUCACAAGAGUAAUAACGCAAACUUUUCAUGAGUAAAGGCUCAAUUUCUGAAGUGAAACGUAAAACAGAUUUAACCAAAGUUUACCCCACACACAUAUGUGCUUUUGUUUAUUGCUGACUCAUUAUUCAAACACAUAACAUCUGUGCCUUUCUUCAGGGGUGAAGUUUUUUUUGUUUUGAUUUUUACCAGCUUCUUAUUGUUUCCAUGUGUCUUUAACAUCAUGAGAUCUCUGGCAUUUAAUGUUUUUUUUUUUUUGUAUGUUCAAGUUCCAGAAAGAGCGCUUCAAGAUUGACAUGCCGCAUCGCUUCAAGUACUAUAAUUACAAGAGCCCCACAUUCUGUGACCACUGUGGCAGUCUGCUGUGGGGCCUCAUGAAACAGGGCCUAAAAUGUGAAGGUAUGUAAGAUUUGCUCAGUUUCUUUUACUUUUUCCUCAAAUUUUAUAUCUGACGCCCUUCAACCUGCUGCCAUACCUUUAACAAAGUUCUUCAUCAUCGUUUUCUCUCUCCACUAAUACGCGUGUCACACCUUUGACCAGACUGUGGCAUGAACGUACACAGUUACUGCCAAAAGAAAGUGGCCAACCUGUGUGGAAUCAACCAGAAACUACUGGCAGAGGCUCUCUCUCAAGUCAGCCAGGUUUGCACCAUAACUAACUUUGUUCAUUGAAGCUUGAGUGAACUGCAUGUCCAUUAAAUGAGUAUAAAGUACAUGUGUAAAAAAGCAUAAAUAAAUUGUUGACAGCAGAUGAACACUGACUCUAGAUUUUUCUCUCUAGAAAUCUAGUAUGAGAAAGUCUGACUCCCCCGGCGCACCAGACAUUGGGAUCUAUCAAGACAUGAAUAGUGCAACAGUGGACCCUAGUGGUGAGUUAGCUGUUUGUUUUCUUUGGUUUAAAUCAUGGUUUGUUCUUCUGAAUAGGUGUGGUAGAGUUGCUGAUCAUCUGUGUUUCUUUGUUGCAGAGGUUUGCAUACUUUUUGCAUUCAGAUUUGCGUGUGUUUUAACUCUGUGGCUGUAAAUGUGUUUACAGCAGACAGAAACGGAAAAGCCCGUGAGGGUGUGUCCCCAACCCCACCUGCAUCUACAUCUCCCCGGGUACGCCUCACCCUCAACCAACUGGUACUCCACAAGGUGCUGGGUAAAGGCAGCUUUGGCAAGGUAGGCCUCACUGUCCCCUUUCCUGAAUUUAUUAUGAAGUCAUAUCAAUAGUAGAAAGAUUAAAAACCAAAGAUAGAACAUUUGUAACACAUGUUAUACAUACAUAGUGAAAAUAAAAGCACUUCCAUCCUCAUUUUGACCAUGUAUGAAAGAAAGUCUUGCAUAUACACAUCAUCUGUUAAAAAGUACCGUAAAUCUAGCUUUAAAGGGAUAUUCUGGCAUAAAAUUAAUUUUGGGUCAAACACACCAUAACACCAAGUUAGACACCCCCUCGAGAGAUGAAUGUUGCAGAUCGCUUGCUUUUCUAGUUAUACCGACUUUAGUAACAACCGCGGGAUUGCAAUACACAGCCGUCUUUGGGAACCACACACAAACCUUGACUAAAAAAGCCACUCCAUAGCCACAAAUAAUGCUCAGAACAGCACCUAACUUCAUCAACAGUACAUAUAGGGUCCCAGGCAUAGUACUAGCUACCGAACAUCUUCUUAACUUUGCCUGAUUUUUUUCGCAAAGAGACUAAACACGACUCACCCACUCUCUUCCAGCAGCCGCUUGUUUGUAGCGAGACCUCAGGCCAGUUCAUUACCAACUGCAGUGGGGUGGCGCAGCUCAAGGAAGAACAUUUAUGAUCAUUAAAUCAUCAUGUGUGGUUCCAUAGACCACUGUGUAUCGCUGUUGUGCGCUUGUUACUAAAGUUGGUAUAACUAGAGAAGCAAGCGGUCUGCAACAAUUAUCUCUUGAGGGGGUGUCUAACUCAGUGUUGAGGGUAAUUUAGGGUUAGUGUUUGACCCUAAAUUAAUUUUACACCGGACUAUCCCUUUAAAAGUCAAGGAACAAUUUUUCUACAUGAAUGCAGUUUGGACCACGACCCCUUAGUUCUUUUACUGUUAAAGAAAUAUGAGGAAAUGUUUGGGUUAAGCUCUUUAAUAUAUCACUGCAAAGCUUUUAGCAGCAGUUUUCCUUUGAUUUAUUAUGUGUUAGUGAGUCCUUUCGUUAUAAACCAAGCAUUAAAGAUUGAAUAACCCUCUCAUUCUGACUUUAUUCUGCUCUGAUUGUACUCCAUGGACCUGGUGUAAUCACGCUCACCAUAUGUGAUUUUGUCACCUCAGGUGCUGCUGGCAGAGCUGAAGGGGCAGGGGCAGUAUUUUGCAGUAAAGGUCCUGAAAAAGGAUGUGGUUCUCAUGGAUGAUGAUGUGGAGUGCACCAUGGUGGAAAAGAGAGUCUUGGCCCUCGCAUGGGAGAACCCCUUCCUCACACAGCUCUACUCCACCUUCCAGUCUAAAGUAAGUCCUUUUAUGAAAUCUCUGCUAUUAGAGUGUUGUUGAUUUUGUUUCAUGGUACAAAUUCGACCUUGGCUUUGAUAGCAGGAGAGAUAAUUGCCGGUCGUGGAUAAAGACAUACUACCCCAGCCCCCUUUAUCUGAAUCUCUUGCACAAUUUUCAUGUGUCAUUUGUUUGUAAUAGUGAGCUGACAAUUAUGUGUUGUUUUCCCAGGAGCACCUCUUCUUUGUAAUGGAGUACCUGAAUGGAGGGGACUUGAUGUUUCACAUCCAAGACAAAGGCCGCUUUGAUGUCGUCCGUGCCACGUAAGCACACUGAGUUAUUGUGUAAAGAACUAUGAGCAAUGAAGCAACUGUCAUUUCUUUAUUUUGAUGUCUGUAAUUUCACCUCUUUAUUGCAGUGAAGCUGUAGUUAUUGUUGUUUGCAUGUUUCAACCUUCAGGUUCUAUGCUGCUGAGAUAGUAGUCGGACUGCAGUUCCUCCACUCAAAAGGAAUAAUCUACAGGUAAAAACCAGAAACCAGACUUUGCUCUUGGCUGUGACGUCUCAAACCAGCCUCUUUAUGAAAAAGAAAUGACUCAGUGAAAACCUUUUGGGGGUUGAGACUGCAGAACUUCAUACUAAAUAUACAGGAACAGUACUUAUCUUCAUUUGUCUGUAUCUCUUUGUGCGGCUCUUUAGGGAUCUGAAGCUGGAUAAUGUGAUGCUGGACAAAGAUGGACACAUUAAGAUAGCGGACUUUGGCAUGUGUAAAGAGAAAGUGUUUGGAGAUGUCAGAGCCACCACAUUCUGUGGGACACCAGACUACAUCGCACCAGAGGUACACAUCAGGGACACUUUCCAUAUCAUUUUAAAAAAAAAUCCAUCCAAGGAAAUUUUGUUGAGAAUCAUUUUGAGAUGUGAAGCUGUUUAUUUACCUGCUCGUGCAUCCCUUUAGUCAUUCAGAGUGCAUGUGGCCUCUAGUGGUCGAGAGGAGGCAUACCAGUGCCACCAUAAAUCACUAUAGCAUCACUAUUAAACGGAUAUUCUGGCAUAAAAUUAAUUUAGGGUCAAACACACCGUAACACUGAGUUAGACACCCCCUCGAGAGAUGAAUGUUGCCGACCGCUUGUUCCUCUAGUUAAACCAACUUAAGUAACAACCGCAGGAUAGCAAUACACAGCGGUCUGAGGAGCCAUGAACAAACCUCAACCAAAAAGUCACUCAAUUGCCACAAAUAAAGCUCAGAACAGCACCUAACUUCAUCAACAGUACAUAUAGUGUCCCAGCCACAGCACUAGCCACCAAACAUCUUUAAACUUUGCCUAAUUUCUUUAGCAAAGAGACUAAACACAACUCACCUACUCUCCUCCAGCAGCCGCUUGUUUGUAACGAGACCCUGGGCCAGUCCAUUACAGACUGCAGCGGGGUGUCGCUGCUCAAGGAAGAAUAUUUAUUAUCCUUGAAGUAAUAAUCGUCAUAUUAAUUAGUUUGCAUAGCAGACGCGGUAGUUCUUCUGCCUUAGCGGCUUGGUCUGAUUGCAUUUCCAUGAAGAAAUAAUUACUUUUACACUGGAAUAUCCCUUUAACUCAGCUUCUAUUAUACUGAUAAAGGCUAGUUUUCAUCCGCACAACAUGUCCCUGUUUUCUCUAGUGACUCAUGUCUUUUUUUUAAACUGUGUCUGUUUCCAGAUCUUGCUUGGUCAGAAGUACACCUUCUCAGUCGACUGGUGGUCUUUCGGCGUAUUGGUGUAUGAGAUGCUGAUUGGUCAGUCACCCUUCCAAGGUGACGAUGAGGAUGAGCUGUUUGAGUCCAUCAGGUCUGACGUCCCUCACUACCCUCGGUGGAUCACCAAGGAGGCCAAGAGCCUGCUCGAGCUGGUAAGAAUGGGGUUAUUUUGUGGCUUUUUUGUAAACUAAAGUUAGAGGCAGUAUCUUUGUAUGUGUGGAUUUAGAUGCAUACACUCCUCUGUAUCAUAGUGUUAUAUUACAUAAACUUCUUUACCAUCAAUCUCUUAGCUGUUUGAGCGAGAUCCCAGUCGCAGGUUGGGAGUGGUGGGAGACAUCCGAGCGCAUUCGUUCUUCAAAACCAUCAACUGGCCAGCUCUGGAGAAGAGAGAAGUGGCUCCCCCUUUUAAGCCCAAAGUGGUAUGAGCCUGUGAUUUUAUUCCUUAACAAACAAAUAAACCUAAAAGCAUUUGUAUAACAAUCAUUGCCGGCAUACUGAUUAUACUUUAUUCUAUUAACCUGACUGAAAUCCCUGACCUCCACCCUCAGAAAUCCCCUGGAGACUGCAGCAAUUUUGACAGAGAGUUCCUGAGUGAGAAGCCGCGUCUCUCCCACGCCGACAAGAACCUCAUUGACUCCAUGGAUCAGACAGCGUUUGCUGGCUUUUCCUUUAUCAACCCCAAACUGGAACAUAUGAUAAGCAAAUGAAAAAACGAAAUGACUCCCCUGACAAGAUGGUUGAAAUAGACUUUAAGCCAAAUUACUUUGUCUUCUUAUGGUCUAUGUUCAACUGGAGGGAGAAGAAGAAAGUGAAAAGAUUGAAGGCAUGACUGUAGCAGAGGACAAUAUGAUAUGAAACCAGGGCGUUUGCUGACGUCUAAAGCAAUAAUCCUGUCUCAGCUGUCAAACUAUAUACAGUAGGUGUAUGAGAGAUUAUAAAACUCCAGGAAAUUAAGGGAGAUUCUUCCACAUUCGUGAUACUUUAAUCAAUGCUUGGGCUUCAGUGAUUUCUUUAUUUUUUUGUCACUGUUCCUGUAAUCAUAUUUUGAAUCCAUGUAAAUCAUCAAAAGUACUGUAUCUGUAAAAAUGAAUUCACUGGCAAAAGUCUGCCAUUCUUUUUCAAUGUGUUCACCCGACAUUGCAAAUAUAAUGUAAUAGAGAUCAGUGGUACAUAAUGUACUCUCCCCUCGUUUGCUCUGCCAACUCUAUGCCUCCUACCUGUGUGUGUUUGUGUGUUACCAAACGCAUACAAAUGUGAGGGUGUGUGCAGGUAUCCUUUUAGAUGUAAAUGCUGCUACUGUUGUCAGUUUUUGAAUGAAUCCUCAGUUGUUCCCUCUGACAGACAGAUAAAGGCGUCAGAAAAUAAUUUUACUGUAAGAAUAGAGGAGAUUUAAAUCCCUUGGUAUUGACUUAAUGUUCAUACAGACCUGAACGGUUUUCUUCCUCACUGUCUCUAGAAUCUGCAGGUGCACCAAGAAACAUCCUCAAGAGGAAACCAGAUGUUUGUAUAUAGCGCAAGAUUUAUUUUCUUUUAAGUGCAAUUUGUGUCAAACUUUUUGCUGUAUAUCUAACAGAAGCAUAAUGCACGCAAUCAAUCCAUGCAUAUCAUUACGUGUCAUCAGACUUGCUGUAAAGUUGCAUAUAUGGUUUGGUACUAUAGCUGAGCAUCUAUGUAUGUGUUGAAGGAUGUGUUAUUUUGUGUGGGAGGGAUGGGCAUUUCACUGAAAGCAUAGGGUCUCUUAUGUAUAUUAUAUUACUUGAAUGUAGGAUUUGAACGUGAAAAAUAUAGCUAUAUAUGGAAAAAAAUGUACUGUACCACAAGCUGUCUGUGAAUUAUGGGUGUACUUUUUUUUACUCUCCUCAUCUUUUACUGAUUAUAAAUAAAUGCAUUGUAAAACCUUGAA